AUUUCAUUUUAUUUUGGACCAACCGGAUGAGGAAUAAAAUUAGAAAGGGAUGAGCAAAAGAAUAAUCCUUCAUUCAAAAUUUUCGUUUUCCCGCUUCCCGAGGUGAAAAUUCUUGAAUUCACAUCCCAUUGAAAAUUCAAAAUGACUCUUAGCCAAAUUUAAAAACACACAAACACAAACUCGUCUUCACUUUUCUCUCAACUUUGUCAUACCAAACCCUAGAAACCCGAGAGCAACCAUGAGAGAGUGCAUUUCAAUUCACAUCGGUCAAGCCGGAAUCCAAGUCGGCAACGCCUGUUGGGAACUCUACUGUCUCGAACACGGCAUCAAGCCUGAUGGACAAAUGCCGGGUGACAAAACGGUCGGCGGCGGAGACGACGCGUUCAACACGUUUUUCAGCGAAACAGGUGCCGGAAAGCACGUUCCGCGGGCUAUAUUUGUAGAUCUGGAGCCAACUGUCAUCGAUGAGGUUCGUACCGGUACGUAUCGGCAACUGUUCCAUCCUGAACAACUCAUCAGUGGAAAAGAGGACGCUGCUAACAAUUUCGCUCGUGGUCACUACACAAUUGGAAAAGAAAUUGUGGAUUUGUGCCUGGAUAGGAUCAGGAAGUUAGCUGAUAAUUGCACUGGCCUACAAGGCUUUUUGGUGUUCCAUGCUGUGGGGGGUGGGACUGGUUCGGGCCUUGGGUCAUUGCUUUUGGAGAGGUUGUCAGUUGACUAUGGGAAGAAAUCAAAGCUUGGUUUCACUGUUUACCCAUCUCCGCAGAUUUCUACUUCAGUUGUUGAGCCUUACAAUUCUGUUCUGUCAACUCACUCGCUACUUGAGCACACUGAUGUGUCUGUCCUUCUCGAUAAUGAAGCUAUCUAUGAUAUCUGUCGUAGAUCACUUGAUAUUGAAAGGCCUACCUAUACCAACUUGAACAGGCUUGUGUCUCAGGUUAUUUCUUCCCUGACUGCUUCACUUCGUUUUGAUGGAGCUCUCAAUGUUGAUGUUACUGAAUUUCAGACCAAUUUGGUUCCAUACCCCAGAAUCCAUUUCAUGCUUUCAUCCUAUGCACCUGUGAUUUCUGCUGAAAAGGCCUACCAUGAACAGCUCUCUGUUGCGGAGAUAACUAACAGCGCCUUUGAGCCAUCUUCUAUGAUGGCAAAAUGUGACCCACGCCAUGGCAAAUACAUGGCUUGCUGUUUGAUGUACAGGGGUGAUGUUGUUCCUAAGGAUGUGAAUGCAGCUGUUGGCACGAUCAAGACCAAGAGGACUAUUCAGUUUGUGGAUUGGUGUCCUACUGGGUUCAAGUGUGGAAUCAACUAUCAGGCUCCAACUGUUGUGCCUGGUGGAGACUUGGCUAAGGUUCAAAGAGCUGUGUGUAUGAUCUCAAAUUCCACUAGCGUGGCUGAAGUGUUCUCCAGGAUUGAUCACAAGUUCGAUUUGAUGUAUGCAAAGAGGGCAUUUGUGCAUUGGUAUGUUGGGGAGGGUAUGGAGGAAGGAGAGUUUUCAGAGGCUAGGGAGGACUUGGCUGCCCUGGAGAAGGACUAUGAGGAAGUUGGGCUGGAAUCUGGUGACGGGGAUGAUGAAGAUGAUGGUGAGGAAUACUAGGUUUGGUUGUGAAUCUAGCAGUUGUCUUUUACCUUUAGCUGUUCUUUUGGAAUUGUAGUGCCAAUGGGCUUAUUGGUCAGAACUGAGAAUGUUUGUUACAUUAUCAUGCUUUAUUCUGGUUGUUGCUAGUUAACUCAAUGAUAUGCUUUCAAAUCUGCUUUGUUCUUAUCA